AGGACGCCAGAAUUUGUGAGGCAUAUACAUAGCCAAGUGGCAAGGGAUGAAAACAAAUAGCAGACCGCCGAGUGGACUACGAGAAACGAAGUGCGCUGUCGAUAGACCAGAGACGCCUUCAGCGUUCACCACGAUGUAAGUCGAUUAAUCCAGUAACGAGACGCAAAAUGCCGAUGAUAGUCAAGUAACGUGGUAGCAAUGAGAAACAGCGUCAUGCUGCAGGUAUGCAAAGAGCAUGGUAAAGUCAGCAAGUGGAGAAAGCACAUGCCGUGUCGCGUUAAAAGACGCCCACGCGUUUUAAAGUCCGACAUAACGCGUACGAUCUGCAAGAUCACGUGCAAGCAUGGACUACAAAGGGCUGCAUUGGUACCCGCUGCUGUGUUCUUCGACAACCAUGUCUUCGAGUUACAUAUGCCGAAAGUGCAAACAGCCAAUUCAACUAGAUGCAUCGCUAGCCGACCUGACACCCUCUUCUUACGACCUUCUUGCAUCCACUCUCGCCUCGCCGCCACGGUCACACUCGUCUGAUACGGAGAAGAUUGGGCAAGUACCAUCUCCAGUUUCCGCCAAGAAUGCGCGGAAGCGUGGUGUCAACAUACAAACAGGACGUGUAUCUCCGACUCCAAUUGUUACUCCAUCUAAAGUGCUGGGGAAGCAAGCACAGCGCUCUGUGGCUAGCGCACCCAAUGAAUCCUUCGUGUUUCUUCAGGAUAGCGUUGUUCAAAAAAUCCCUUCAUCAGGCGUGGUACAACCGCAUCCUGCUAAUUCUCGAACGCAAGGCCAACAAUCCCCACCACAGCCUGUCUCACCGAUCUCGAAUAAACUAAGCUCUAUAAACAAGCUCUUCUCAUUAUUAUCCAGUCGAACUGACCUCGAUCAUCCGUUAUGUACCGAAUGUACAGACAGUCUCUUGAAGGCCCUGGGAGAACAACUGAAGGACACUAUGCGGGAAAGGGACGGAUAUCUUGCGUUUGAGAAAGAGCUCAAGAAGGAGAAGCAAAGGGAGGAAGAGUCAGUUGAAGAGAUCGAGAGGCGAAUCGAGAGAUUGAAGGAAGAAGAGCGAUUGGCGAUAGAAGAUCUCCGUGAAGCUCAAGCUGAAAAAGAGCAGUUAGAAGAGGAGCUAAGAGCACUCGAGCUGGAAGAGAAGGAUCUGGAAGAGGAUGAAACAGAGUUUUGGACUGCGCAUAACACACAUCUGCUCACUGCAGCGGAGCAGGCCUCGCAGCUCGCUUCUCUCCGUGCGGCAUACGCGUAUGAUUCCAUUGUCCUCGAGAAGUUAGAACGAACGAAUGUGUAUAACGACGCAUUUUGCAUCGGUCAUGACGGUGUCUUUGGGACAAUUAAUGGCUUGCGGCUCGGCCGAGUGAGCGGUGUUCAUGUGGAAUGGGCGGAAAUCAACGCGGCGUGGGGACAAGCACUCCUAUUGUUGUUCACAAUCGCCAGAAAGCUAGACUACACAUUCGAAAGUUACCGUCUCGUCCCUACGGGUUCAUUCUCUCGCAUCGAAAAGACAAAUGGAGACAAGUCUUCCUACGAACUAUACGGAUCGGGUGACCUUCAUAUAGGCCGGUUAUUACACAAUCGGCGGUUCGACUUUGCCAUGGUCGCAUUUCUAGACUGUCUACGGCAACUAAUGGAGUACGUGAGAUUUCAAGACCAAUCUGUCGAAUUUCCACACCAAGUGGUGAAGGAUAAGAUUGGUGACGUGUCCAUCAAACUUCAGUUCGGCGUGGAAGAGGCUUGGACGCGUGCACUGAGGCACGUUCUGCUUGCCUUGAAGCUGCUUCUCAAAUGGACUACCAGUGCUGCCGCCUGACAUUACUAAUUUAUGCUUUGCACUUUUCUCACAUCGCUGUAGCGGCCCGGGUAUCCUCCGGCGCUUGUCCGCUCACUACAUUCUCAAACCCAUGUCCGACUGCAUUUGUUAAUUUUUUUUUCCUUUGAUGCAAUCUUUCCUAGCAUGCUACGAUUUUAUUGUAGACAUGUAAUCUACUUCCCUGUGUAGUUCUUUGAUUUCAUUUCGUCAUCGGAGCCUGUU